AUGAAAAGUGAAGAUCUUCGAAAAGUAGUUUUUCGUAAAUACGAAGAUGGUGAUGGUGUUUGUAAGAUCUUUCGUGAUUUAUAUGGUUCUUUGGGAUUAAAUACUAUCAAAAGAUGGUGUAAGAUGAUCCGUGACACUGGCUCCAUCCAGUUGUCAACAUCUUCAGGUGCUCCACGUCUUGCUCGAACCAGUAAAACAAUUGAGAAAGUGAAACAUAAGCUUGAUCGAAAGAAAAUGGUAACAACUCGACGCUUGGCUAAGGAAUAUGGCAUAUCCAAAUCAAGUGCUCAUCGAAUAUUAACGAAAGAUCUUGAACUCUAUGCCUACAAGAUGACAAUCGAACCAAAACUUACGGAAGAACAAAAGAACAAACGAAAAAAAUUCGUUAAUUGGAUUGGUAAUAACUUUCGAAAAGAGGACACGAUGCGCAUCUUGUUUUCAGAUGAAAAAACGUUUGAUCUCGACGGCAUAUAUAAUUCCCAGAAUCAGCGUAUUUGGACUGCUAGUCGAGAUGAAGCAGACGAACAAGGUGGUCCUAAAAUGAGACAGAAAUUUCCUCAAAAAGUCAUGGUCUGGCUUGGUGUUUGCUCCAAAGGAGUUACACCAUUAGUCAUUUUCGACCAAGGAACAGUAGAUCAUGCUGAAUAUAUCAAGAAAGUUCUUCCAAUUGCACUUAAGAGAGGUCCCGACAGAAUACCAGGUAAUUUGGCUGGAGAAAAAUUUUUGAUUUUUGAUUUAAUUAUCUUAAAAGAAAGGCCCUACAUAGUUAGCAUUAAAUCCAAAAUAUGA